AAAAAAAAAAAAAAAAAAAAAGCCGGGCUUUGCCUCGCUCCGGCAGAGCGGAGGGCUGCGAGGGCUGCCGGCCAUCUGUCCGCGCAGGGCGGCACGGCGGGAGCUGCCCGUGCCCGGCGGAGGCUGCCCGGGAGGCGGCAGCGAGCGGAGCCGCUCCGCAGGUUGAUUAAGUGAAUAGAAGAAAAAAAAAAAAAGAAAAACGAAGAUACUUUCAAGUAUUGAAGAUACAAGGCCAGGAUGAACACGAAGGACGGAAAAGUGUCUGAAGGAGGUCUCAAUGUCACGCUUACCAUACGCCUUCUCAUGCAUGGCAAGGAGGUUGGAAGCAUUAUCGGAAAGAAAGGUGAGACAGUGAAGAAGAUGAGGGAGGAGAGUGGUGCUCGAAUCAAUAUUUCAGAAGGCACUUGUCCAGAGAGAAUUGUGACAAUAACAGGCCCAACAGAUGCAAUUUUUAAAGCUUUUUCUAUGAUUGCACUAAAAUUUGAAGAGGACAUAAACGCUUCGAUGACAAACAGCUCGGUGACAAGCAAACCRCCCGUAACACUGCGGCUCGUCGUCCCAGCAAGUCAGUGUGGAUCCCUCAUAGGAAAAGGAGGCUCCAAAAUCAAAGAAAUCAGGGAGUCCACAGGAGCCCAGGUGCAGGUGGCAGGGGACAUGCUGCCCAACUCGACGGAGCGYGCGGUGACCAUAUCCGGCACUCCCGACGCCAUCAUCCAGUGUGUGAAGCAGAUCUGCGUGGUGAUGCUGGAGUCCCCACCCAAAGGUGCCACCAUCCCCUACCGUCCCAAACCUGCCUCUGCACCUAUCAUUUUUGCAGGUGGCCAGGUAAGAGCAGACACCAUUUUGGCUUCAGCUGGAAACCACACCGUCCUGGCCCAGCCUCAGCCAGCGCCUGCAUUCACGAUUCAGGGGCAGUAUGCCAUCCCUCAUCCAGACGUGAGUCCAGCACAUUUGACCAAGCUUCACCAGUUGGCUAUGCAGCAUCCCCCCUUUACUCCCCUUGGGCAGACCACCCCUGGUUUCCCUGGACUGGAUGCCACUACUCCAACCAGUUCCCAUGAACUUACUAUUCCCAAUGAUUUAAUAGGCUGCAUUAUUGGCAGACAAGGCAGUAAGAUAAAUGAAAUCAGGCAGAUGUCAGGAGCGCAGAUCAAGAUUGCUAAUGCCACAGAAGGCUCCGCAGAACGACAAGUUACAAUCACAGGAUCCCCUGCAAACAUCAGCUUAGCACAGUACCUCAUUAAUGCAAGGGAUUCCCCACACAUCGAGACGAGAAUAGACCCCUUCAUUUUUAGUUGCACAAACACCAUAUGGCAUGCAUCUGGAUCUCGGAAGAUAACAAUUUAAGAUCUUCAAGACAGCUAAAGCAUGCAAAUAAAAUAAUGCACUUAUUAAUGGAGUUGCAGUGAGCUGCUUACCAGAGACAGAAACUCUGGUGAACAAAACUGUUUGACUCACUUUAGGAAAGCCUGUGAACUCUCACACUUCUGUUGAUUACUGUUUAAUGAUUCUUUUGAUGGAAUGGGAUCUGUAUGAGGUYUUUAAAUAUACUUUCGCAAAGAAGAAAACUCCUCAGCAAUCACAUACCACGGAUCUCUAUCGAUACCCUGUGAAACCAGAAACAAAGUAUUUUGUUCCUGUUAAAUUUCUAGAUAGAAGUUACUUGUUACCAUCGUCUACAAUAAACMAUCAUAUAUUAUUAUGUACCAUGUGUUGGAACUGUAUUUAGAUGAAGUGACUUCAUUUGUAAAUGAAGACUCUUAAAGUAAUGUACAAUAAAUUAAGCUGUAAGGUAACAUAGGCAAUUAAGGUGGCUUUUUCAUUUUAAAAAGUGACACUGCUCCAGACCUGUCCUUUCACACGAGACAUCACUGUGAGGCAGGUGGGAGGUUUGCUCCAGUGGGGUUGAGGAGCUCUGGCAGGGCAGAGGUGCAGAGCCACGCUGCUGCUGCUGCUGAUGCUGCCUCUGKGUGCUGGGAGUCACUUCUAAACCUGCCACAAGUGAUGCUCUCUCUUUCAAAGACGGUGGCAUAAAACAGCUUUGGGGAAGAGACGAGUGCAGUACCUAGACUGCCCACAAUGUGGUCUGGUACGUGAAAAUAAUAAUURCAAGAAAUAAAAGCCAUUUAAGCAUUCAGCAUAAGGUAGAUCUUUUUCUCCCCUAUGAGAUCUGUUGUUCACUAGAAUUGGUUUCCAGGGCCAGUAUUUCUGCAUAAACCAAUGCCUUUCAGCAACAUAAGAAGUAAAAAACCACAAUUAUCUAUCCACAGUAUUUCUGAAACGUUCUGUGUGUAUCUUUAAGCUAUCCUCCAGCCAAAGUUGCUAUCUACAGAAUAUUUUAUCAGCUUCUUUUAAAACUUUUAUUGCAAUCUGAUGUUGGAUAUGUACAUAGUAUACUCUAAAUUAUAGAAAUAUAGAUAUAUUGAUAUAAUAUCAAGACAGAGAUUUAAAUCUUUCUAAAGUAUUGGUUUGAUUCUGUAUUGCUUACCCGAGCGCUGGCCUCUGUAUGAAUAGAACAUGUCUUAGCUUGUUUGCAGUAGAAAUGUCUUUUUUCCUGUAAUGCCUUCUGUCUCUUUAACUGGUCUCCACUGUAGUAACUAGAUUUUCAUUACCCAGUUCCAUCUUCUAGCUUUUAUUAAGAUUGAACUGCAGUUUAGUUUCCCCAUGUAAUAUCUGACUUUGGAUUAUAAAUUCACUUAGCCAGCUGCACUUGCUCCUUUUUGAAGGGCAGUUUCCUGAAGGUAUUUUUUUACUGCAAUUUUGAUGAGAGGUUCAUUCACAGAGGCUGCCAAAGCCACAUCUGAGCUCUCUUCUUUUUACCAGUUUUGGGUAAUGCAAGAUGUGGCCUUCAGUGUUUGUAUUCAGAAAGUGCAGGUCUGCAAAGGGACAGUGUAAAAUUGUCACUGUGAAAUUUUGUGUGAAGGCUGCCUCACCCACUUUCACACGCAAUGUUGUUGCAUCCACAGUUGGUUUGGGAAACUGCCAUGGGACAGCUGAUAGCUAACCUGAUGAACGCCCACCUUACGUGUUGCCACCAGUAAUAAAUGGGAAACAGRGCCAGUUACUGCUCCAGUCAUACCAAUGUGAGUAGACAGAGACAGGGAGUUGAACAGCUGCUACCAACACCAGCAUUUUGGCCUGUGGGAUCUGUUCUCCCUGCUGCUGCAAGAAAAAGCUUAGGUUCAAACAGACCCCCAUAUCAGUAAGGAUUUUUUUUUUGUUUUUUUUAAAUGYAUGGUAGGCAAAUUUGGAGUCAUUGAAACACUGAGUCCUGCACUACCUUUCCAUAGGCCUCCCUCUCAGAAUAGUACUGAGUAACACUGAAAAAUCCAGCUGCAUAAACUGAGUUUUUCAAAACAUACUAAGGUAUCACAUGUAGCUCCUACACCCUCAGSCUGAGGAUGUACAGUGGAGUUGGAGUCUCUGAUUCAGUGGUCUUGACAUAAAUGCCUCCGUGUGAGUAGAUAGCCAACAGCACAAGGGUGCACUUCUCUCUGCUUAGAAGAGCURAGGGUUGUUCAUCCACGGGGACAGAUAAAGACCUUGGGCAAGAAAAUCAAAACUUCACCUCCCAUAAAGGAGUCUGAAUGUUAUGCACUCGCCCUUCUCCCCUCCCAGCACUUCACAGAAGAUGCUCUCCUUCCAACUUACCAGCAAAAUCUGCUGAGGAGUUAAUGCUCCAAGAGCCUUCUUUUCUGUAUGGGGAAGAGAGGAGCUUGGUGCUCAAGCAUUUCCCUCUGUCCUCCACACUCCUGUCCCCAGCUUAGAGGACAUCAGGUGUCCUUCAGACUCCCGUCAGCAGAAGUGCUUUGGGAAGUUCUACUCCAGUGUCCUCAUUCCCUACACAGUGCUGGUUGAUCCUUGCACGAGGCAGAUGUGCAGCUGCUCAUUGUCUUUCUCUGGCUGUGAAUGGAUGUGGGGCUGUUACUCCAAAAUUCUGUCCAAGUCUAGGGCGAAGAAAAGCGAGUGUGGAGUGACUGUGCUCCCCUCCAGUCUGCAGUCUGGGUGCAGCUGCUCUUCAAGCCUGCUCACCCAGUCCCCAACAKGGACCAGCACAAACCCUGUGCUAAGAAGCCUCCCUGGGCCUGAUGGGGUGUGUAAGAAAGUGCCAGGUUCUCUGCAUGGGCAGCCAGCAGCCAGCUGGCACUUCACUCUGGAAGCAAGGAGCUGCCACAGCUCCUCAGCACACCUCAGGAGCAUGACAAGUUAGUAAUUGCCAAAAAGAAAACCCCAAAAUUAAUAGGAGUAUACACACUGUAGCUAGCAAAGAUUUUCUAACCCAUAGUCCUGUUUACAUGUUAGGCUGCCAUAGCUCCCAGCUGAUCACCUGCAAAAAGCAUCCUAAAAUUCUUAUUUGUGUUGUUUGCCAACUUAAAAGCCAGGGUAGAAGCUGCAUCAAGGAAAUAGGCAAAGGAAGGAUUUAUCUAGGCAGAUGUUUUGAAAUCAGUGAAAAAAUCAGUGUGUCCUUGGAAUUACAUUUGAAUGUCUAAAGAUGUACAGAAAAGCAGGCAUAUGUGGGCCAAACUCAUCUUGCCUGCUGAUGGGUGCAGUUAGAUUGAAGUGAAGGUGGUUUGAUGCUUCAUCCUUCAUCACUGCCUUGGGCUUGGAGGUUGGGUCAGUCCCAGAGUUCCUGGUGCUGGYGGGGUCUGUCUGAGGGUGUGUCUGUUGUAUCUAUGUAGUACCUUGUCUGUCGGCUGGAAAGCUUUGUCAUGUUCACUGUAACCACUGCCGCGAGCUCAGGAAGGAUACCACUGCUGUGCAAGCCGGGGUGUUCUUCAGUGUUCCUUUUUACUAAUUAACUUAUGAGUAGAUUGCAUAAAUACUUUGUUGUGAUAUAAAAAAAAAAAGUCUGGGGAAAGUACAAACUGAAGUGAACACACUGGCUAAUCUGGUUUGUUUUAUAUGAAAAAUGCACAUUGACCUCACAGUGAAUGAAAUUAAAAACUAACUCAAAAAAAAAACCAAAAAAAACACCAAAAAACCAAAACUUUAUGCCUUAAAUGGAAGCAGCAAAUUGUUGCUCAGUCUCCUCUCAUCCUAGCAAAAUGACAAUGGGUACUAUUUAUGUCACAAAACUGACAAAUUGAAAAAAAUUACCAAAACCCCCCGCGUCCCCCUUUCAAAAAUACCCUAAUUUUGAAAAGCAAAAUUCACCAUAUCAGUGCUGGGGAGUAAACUUCAUAGUUACUUUAAGUUUUCUUUUCAGUUUCGUUUUUUCCAUCUUUUUGCCAUUACCUGCAUUCCUUAGAUUUCUUUUUUUCAUAUGUAAAAUGAACUAGCAACACCCCCAUACCCUCUUCUUUUUUCCUUUUUUUUUCUGUUCUGAAGAACUUUAGAGUCUCAGUAAUGUUUUCCCCAUCAGAUCAUGGAAAACCCUUUUGUUAUUUCUCUUCUUUAACACAUAACAUGUUCCUCCUUUGACCCUCAUUUUCCCUUUUUUUCUCUCUCUCCCCCUUCUCCCUCCCACUCGUCUGUCCCUGUCGUCCACCGAUCUAAUCCUGGAUCCUGCCCUUUCGUGGUUGCUGUCCUUCCCUCCCUCGUUCCCUCGUUCCCUCCUUCCCUCCUUCCCUCCUUCCCUCCUUCCCUCCUCCUCCUCCUGGCCCCACCGCCCUGGCUGAACCCUCCCAACCUGUUUGUUCCUCUUCCUCUCUUCGUU